CCGACUCAAAUGAGUUUCGUCGAGAAAUCGAAAUCGGUAAGAGAGUUGAGAGAUCCAUUUACAAUUUCCGAGUAAGAGGAAGACGGAAAAUCUAUAAAGCUACAUAAGGAUUUUCUGCACUUCUUGUCUUGAAUCUUCUCUCAACAGAGGGGAUUCUUAGGGUUAAUUCGUUGCGGAUAUUUUUGAUUCUUGUUUCUCGUUUGCGAUUAGGGCAUAUUAAUUCUCUGGUUCGCGAUUAGCAAUUAUCGAUUAGCGAAAUAGCGAGGUUAGAUCUUAUCACGAUCAGAAUCCGAUGAUAAAUCAAGCUCAAAUGAUUAGUAUGAGCCAUCCGCAGAUGGCAAACCAGCCUCAUGCAAUCAAUCAGUCUCAAUCUCAAGUUAUGAACCAGCCACCGGUGAUUAAUCAACCUCAAUUUCUGAACCAAAGCCAGUUAAUGAACCAUUCUCAGAUGAUGUCUCAGUCCCAGCCUCAGGGUAUGCAGCAGUCCCCGAUGAUGAUGAGUCAAUCUCAGCCGCCUAUGAUGACUGGCAACUAUAAGGCAUGGGCUCGCCCGCUGCCCCCCUUGGAUCCUAACAAGAAGUAUCGCAACUUUACGAAGCCUAAGUAUGGAAACAUGAAGCAGUCGAGGCCAGGGCGUGGAAAUUGGAAGGGUAAGGGCGUUGGUGACAAAAGGAUAAACAAUAGGAGAACGGAAAAUUCUUUACCGGGUUCCAUAAGCUGUCCAAAUAAUUCUAGUGGAGGGUAUCAACCUCCAAGUCUUCACGAGUUGCAGUCUCAAAAUCGUAUAAAAGCUCGAAAUUUUUACUCGAAAAAGAAGUUCAAUAGUAGGUUUGCACCUUAUGCGCCUCGGAAUACCACGUCUUUUAUAAUUCGUGCGAAGAAGUCUGGUGGAAUCGCUUCCCUUGUGUCCCCUUGUCCCGUAACACCAGCUGUGCUUCCUACUCCAAUGUUCUCCCCUUCGAGGGAGGCGUUGGGUGAUAUGGCCAAGGAGGAGUGGGGCGUUGAUGGUUAUGGAUCAAUGAAAGGAUUAAUAAGGCUUCGAGGGUCUGAGAAUAAGGCGGAAGUGCAUGAAGAGGAAGAAGAGGAAGGUGGUGGUGGGUCGAGUGAUAGUGAAGUCGAGGAACAUCUAGAGGUAGAACGUAAAUUGGACCAUGAUUUGAGCCGAUUUGAGAUGAUAUAUCAGAACUAUGGAGUAGAGUAUAAUAAUUGUUUGGAAAAUAGGGUCGAUGAUCAGGAUAGCCAUAUAGCUCAGUUGGAGGAGGAGAACUUGACGCUGAAGGAGAGACUUUUUCUUAUGGAGAGAGAGCUUGUUGAGUUGAGGAGGAAGUUGCAACAUCUCGAGGGGCAAAACCCAGUUGUUGAUGAUGUGAAUGAGGAGGUAGUGGAUAACGUGUCUGAGAAUGAAAGUGAUGGAGGGUUGGAGAUGGAAUACGUAUCUGAGAUUAGACCAAACCAAGAUGUUGAUGGUGGUUCUAAGGGGGGCGAUGAAAAGGAGGUGUUCGAGAUUGAGGGUGAGGAGAAAUGUGUAGGGGAAGAUUUUACUAUUGGGACAGAGGUUGAAGAGAAAUACAUAGUGAAGGAUGAAAUGGUGAAAGAAUCAGAUGAGCAGCUUCCUGAGGACGAAGUAGCGAAAAAUGAAGAAAUGAAGGGGGAACUUGCAUCUGGCAAGGUAAAUGAAUGCGAGGAUAUGGAUGAAAAUUUUGGUAAUAUUUUGCACUCGGAUUCAGGGAAUGGAAAUGAAGCCAUGGUCAAUGAUGAAGAAGAGCAGACCAGAAUUGUACCUGUAAACAUAGUUGCAGAUGUAAAGUGUACUAACAGUGAAGAGUCAAAGGAGGAUUCUGUAACAGGACACGACUGUUGUUAAGGAUAGGCUUCCUUCGAGAGAAGUGCUUGCAUAACUGAUUAAUUUUGUGUAAACAGGCUGAACAGGUCACUUUGAAGGAACCAUUGAAAGGUAUAUCAGAUGCGUGAUUUGCAUGCAUGAUGCAUUUGUCGAUUGGGAAAUGAGCUGUAGACAUCUUUGGCGCUCGGGCAGUGGCAUUCAAGUCUAACUCUUCUUUGGCUGGUGGAUUUGUCCUCACCAUCCAAGAUCGUACGGAGGUGCCUGUGCUUGUUGUCAUAUUUUUAUCUCACCCGUAUUGAAACUAGUAUUAUUAUUGAUUGCACUUGAAAUUAGCUCAACCAAUCAUCAAAGUUCACCUCUGGUUAUGUACUUUUUUUGUUGUGAUUUUGAAGCUAGGCUAUGCCAGCUGCAAGUGAAAAGUGCGCUUGGGAGGUUUUUUAACCUGAUUCUGACGAGCCCUGAAGGAAAAAACAAGAGUAUGGAUUUGGGGUGAUGAAUUUGAUUUUCAUGAUAUUUAUUGAUAUAUUCAACUUGAUGAAGUACAGAUAGUGAGGACGCCAAGAGCAUCUCUUAAUGCAUGGUUUUUCACCUCCGUUGAUGAACAAAUAAGAUGUUUUGAUAGCCCCGUGGUUCUCCGCUUCCCAUCAUUGUUCUAAACAUAAUCUGGCAAGUUGAUCAACUGUGUAAUAACCACCGUUGAAAAGAGCAACCAAAUUUAGGGAUAUCUUACAGAAGUUGGAGCUUCAACCGGCUCUCCAUUUCCACACGGUUCAAAACAGGCAUCCAUGAUGCGGAAGGUUCCCGGAGGGAGACAAAUAUUGGGUGUUCAAACAGCCCUUUGCUUCAUCUCCAAAAGUCUGAAUGGUAGAGGAUAUGGCACCUUAAAAGGAAAAGAACGCCUUUGCCAUCAGUAAUAGCUUCUAAACUGUCUUUCAUAUAUACACAUAUAUACACAUACAUACCUUGACAUUUUAGUUUACCCAUAUCCCCUGUUUUAAAAAAGAAGAAUUUUAUUGAAUUUUCACACCCUACGUCA